AUGCGAAAUGAUUCAGGCACCUUUUUUUGGGAACCUUUGUGCGUUUUGGUUCUUUUACUAUCCACCUACCUGGAUAGUUUUCACAAUUUGUUUAGACCGUUUCAAAGAUAUUUAAAAUUAUCAUUCUUUCAACUCAUAUUGGACGAAUUGGAUGCUGCCAAAUUAGCUGAUUUUCCUUUCCGGGCUUCUCCUACGAGUUCUGACAGCGGAUUACCAAGGUAUAAUGAAAUUACCCAAUCUCAUCUGAACGCUUUGGUGAAAGGUAUUGUAACUCCAUAUUUUGAAAAGAGAUAUCGAGCAAGGUUUGUAAAGGCUUCCGUUAUAACGGUUCCAAAGAAUCCUUCAAGUCGACAUUAUGGUUGA